AUGUCUGAGAUCCUGCCCUACAGCGACGAGAAAGUGGCUCGCUAUGGCACCGACUCGGAAGUCAGCGAGAUUUCCUUCAGCUGCCGCCUCCAGGACACCAACUCCUGGGGCAACCAGUCCAAGAGGCCACCCAAGCUGGGCCAGAUUGGCAGAGCCAAGAGAGUUGUGAUCGAAGAUGAUAGAAUAGACGAGGUCCUGAAGGGGAUGACAGACAAGUCGCCUUCCGGGGUAUAA